AUGAAAAUCCUUCCUUUUCUCCUUGUUCUCCUCUUGGUGGCAUUUCACGGAGCUGCAGGUAGAAGCUUGGCAAGGCCCAGGAGACCUUACAUGGAGUGUGGGUAUCGUGGGACCUUCUGCCACAGGGGGAAAUGCCCUCGUGGCAACAAUUACCUGGGGUCGUGUCGUUCUGGGUACAGUUGCUGUAGGUGGUAA